CCAUCACCUCCCAACAUCACCAUCUUCAAGGCUUCACCUUUCUGAAUCAGACCCAGAUUGUAUCUGGAGUUAGGGUUAGGGUUUUGGGAAAUGGAAGCCAGGAAGCUCCUCAACGACAAGAAGUUCUGGUUCGCAUCUGUCCUCAUUGCUUGGGCUGCUGCUCUCCAGGGACACAUGAUGUGGGUGAAAAGACAAGACUCGUUCAAGCAAAAGUUUGGGAAUCUCAGCGAAGCCAACACCAAUGAUGCCGAUCAGUAAGCUAAGGCAGACAAACUUUUUAUUAAAAGCCCAUCAAAAUUUGUAUGUAAACAAACAAUUCCCAGUUUUUUUCUUUUAAAUAGUUUGUCUGAUUGGUUUAUGAGUUCUAUUGUGUAACUGGAGUUUAGUAAUCUGAUAGUAAUUGUGAAAAUUUUCUGGAUAUACUCAGAACUAAAGCAAUUGUGCCAUUGUGGUGUAUAAUUAAAUAAAAGGCAAAGCUGGAAAUCCUAUUUCCUGUGGCUUGUAUGUUUGGUUUG